AUGCCUGGGAGCGACCUUGCUUUCAUCGUGAAGCUUCCAUUACUUACCUUACCACCUACUACCCUAUCACACCACCCUGUGCGCAAAGAACACAUUCCUAGCACCCAGCUCUUGAGAGCGCAUAUUGAUCUUGACAUCGACAUCUCCUCAUCUCCCGCUCCCGCACCCGUCAAAAUGGUGUGCCCGAUCAGCGUCACCAAGUUCGUCGGGACCAUAUCCCUCGGUCUCCUCACCAAACAUGCCACCCGAUUUCCCAACCACAACGCUUGUCACCCUACUGACGUGCCAGCCCCAGGGCAUCUCGUACAACAUCUCCGCCAUCACGCUCCCGUCUCUCGCGCUCCUCCCGACACCGCCUCGUCCGCCUCGCGCACCCUCGCCCAGAUCCAGACCGCCACCACCCGCCACGUCCUCACUUUCGCAUCCGUCUCCUCCCUCUCGCUCAUCACGUGCUACAGCCUCGCUUCGGCCCGGGGUAAGCAUCCAUACCUGCUCUGGACCGCGUUGAUGGCCUUCCUGGCCGGCCAGGGGCUGGAGUAUUAUUACAACGGAUUGGACCGGUUUCCGACGCUGAGGAAGAGCGCUUCUUCCGAUCGGGGUGCGAGAUCGUAUGUCAUGGUGGGAGAUGAGGAUGAGGCGAGCGUCAAUGGUGAGAAGGUGGAGAUGGAGAUGAGCAGGGAGAGGAGGGUGCAGGCGGUGAGGGCGUUGGUUAGCGGGCUCGGGUUCGCCAUGGGCGUGGUGGGUAUCUGGGGAGAUGGCUCCUAG